UUGGUGUAAUACGGUGCCCAGUAUGCCGCCAAGAAUGCAGACAGAUAGACCUUGUGGAUAAUUAUUUUGUGAAAGACACAUCCGAAGCUCCUAGCAGUUCUGAUGAGAAAUCAGAACAGGUAUGUACUAGUUGUGAAGACAAUGCAAGUGCAGUUGGCUUUUGUGUAGAAUGUGGAGAGUGGCUAUGUAAGACAUGUAUUGAAGCACAUCAAAGAGUAAAAUUCACUAAAGAUCACUUGAUCAGGAAGAAAGAAGAUGUUUCAGAGUCUGUUGGAGCAUCUGGUCAGCGCCCUGUUUUCUGCCCUGUACACAAACAAGAACAGUUGAAACUUUUCUGUGAAACAUGUGAUAGACUGACAUGUAGAGACUGUCAGCUAUUGGAACACAAAGAACAUAGGUAUCAGUUUUUGGAAGAAGCUUUUCAAAAUCAGAAAGGCGCAAUUGAGAAUCUACUGGCUAAGCUUCUUGAGAAGAAGAAUUAUGUUCAUUUUGCAGCUACUCAGGUGCAGAAUAGGAUAAAAGAAGUAAAUGAGACUAACAAACGAGUAGAACAGGAAAUUAAAGUGGCCAUUUUCACCCUUAUCAAUGAAAUUAAUAAGAAAGGAAAAUCUCUCUUACAGCAGCUAGAGAAUGUUACAAAAGAAAGACAGAUGAAAUUACUACAGCAGCAGAAUGACAUCACAGGCCUUUCCCGGCAGGUGAAGCAUGUUAUGAACUUUACAAACUGGGCAAUUGCAAGCGGCAGCAGCACAGCACUACUGUACAGCAAGCGACUGAUUACUUUUCAGUUGCGUCAUAUUUUGAAAGCACGGUGUGAUCCUGUCCCUGCUGCUAAUGGAGCGAUACGUUUCCAUUGUGAUCCCACCUUCUGGGCAAAGAAUGUAGUGAAUUUAGGUAAUCUAGUAAUAGAAAGUAAACCAGCUCCUGGUUAUACUCCUAAUGUUGUAGUUGGACAAGUUCCUCCAGGGACAAACCACAUUAGUAAAACCCCUGGACAGAUAAAUUUAGCACAGCUUCGACUCCAGCACAUGCAACAACAAGUGUAUGCACAGAAACAUCAGCAGUUGCAACAGAUGAGGAUGCAGCAACCACCGGCACCUGUACCAACUACAACAGCAACAACACAACAACAUACUAGACAAGCAGCCCCUCAGAUGUUACAACAACAGCCUCCAAGAUUGAUCAGUGUGCAAACAAUGCAAAGAAGCAACAUGAACUGUGGAGCUUUUCAAGCCCAUCAAAUGAGACUGGCUCAGAAUGCUGCCAGAAUACCAGGGAUACCCCGGCACAGCGGCCCUCAAUAUUCCAUGAUGCAGCCACACCUCCAAAGACAACACUCAAACCCAGGGCAUGCUGGACCCUUUCCUGUAGUAUCAGUACACAACACCACAAUCAACCCAACGAGCCCUACUACAGCAACUAUGGCAAAUGCAAACCGAGGUCCCACCAGCCCAUCUGUUACAGCAAUAGAGCUAAUCCCCUCAGUUACCAAUCCAGAAAACCUUCCAUCACUGCCAGAUAUUCCACCCAUACAGUUGGAAGAUGCUGGCUCAAGUAGUUUAGAUAAUCUACUAAGUAGAUACAUCUCAGGCAGUCACUUACCCCCACAGCCUACAAGCACCAUGAAUCCUUCCCCAGGACCCUCUGCCCUAUCUCCGGGAUCAUCAGGUUUAUCUAAUUCUCACACACCUGUGAGACCCCCUAGUACCUCUAGUACUGGCAGUCGAGGCAGCUGUGGGUCAUCAGGAAGAACUGCUGAGAAGACAAGUAUUAGUUUCAAAUCUGAUCAAGUAAAGGUCAAGCAAGAACCUGGGACUGAAGAUGAAAUUUGUAGCUUUUCAGGAGCUGUGAAACAAGAAAAGACAGAGGAUGGCAGGAGGAGUGCCUGCAUGUUGAGCAGUCCUGAGAGUAGCUUGACACCACCUCUCUCAACCAACCUGCAUCUAGAGAGUGAGUUGGAUGCAUUAGCAAGCCUGGAAAACCAUGUGAAAACUGAACCUACAGAUAUGAAUGAAAGCUGCAAACAGUCAGGGCUCAGUAGCCUUGUUAAUGGAAAGUCCCCAAUUCGAAGCCUCAUGCACAGGUCAGCAAGGAUUGGAGGAGAUGGCAGUAGCAAAGAUGAUGACCCAAAUGAAGACUGGUGUGCUGUCUGCCAAAAUGGAGGCGAUCUCUUAUGCUGUGAAAAAUGUCCAAAGGUUUUUCAUCUAACUUGUCAUGUUCCAACACUUCUUAGCUUUCCAAGUGGGGACUGGAUAUGCACAUUUUGCAGAGAUAUUGGAAAGCCAGAAGUUGAAUAUGAUUGUGAUAAUUUGCAACAUAGUAAGAAGGGCAAAACUGCACAGGGGUUAAGCCCCGUGGACCAAAGGAAAUGUGAACGUCUUCUGCUUUACCUCUAUUGUCAUGAAUUAAGUAUUGAAUUCCAGGAGCCUGUUCCUGUUUCGAUACCAAACUACUAUAAAAUUAUAAAGAAACCAAUGGAUUUAUCCACUGUGAAAAAGAAACUUCAGAAAAAACAUUCCCAACACUAUCAAAUCCCGGAUGACUUUGUGGCUGAUGUCCGUUUAAUCUUCAAGAACUGUGAAAGGUUUAAUGAAAUGAUGAAAGUUGUUCAAGUUUAUGCAGACACACAAGAGAUUAAUUUGAAGGCUGACUCAGAAGUAGCUCAGGCAGGGAAAGCAGUUGCAUUGUACUUUGAAGAUAAACUCACAGAGAUCUACUCAGACAGGACCUUCGCACCUUUGCCAGAGUUUGAGCAGGAAGAGGAUGAUGGUGAGGUAACUGAGGACUCUGAUGAAGACUUUAUACAGCCUCGCAGAAAACGCCUAAAAUCAGAUGAGAGACCAGUACAUAUAAAGUAAAAUGACGUGGACUUAAAUUAAUUGUUUUAAAAAAGAAGUGAUGAAAAUAAAAAAAAACAGAAAACUUUUAUUUAAGUGUUGCUGGAAUAUCCUGCCUACAGUGGGCACCUCCUUAAAGAAGCUGAUAGCUUUUACACAGUAUUAGAUUGAAAUAAUGAACAGAAAACACAUUCUUGUCAAGAAAGGGGGAGAGAAUUCUGUUUGCAAAACAAAAGGCAAAAGUGAAAUUAUUUGAGGAUUUUUGUUACUAAGGGUGGUUCUCCGAUUGUUAGAAAUGGCAGGUGUUGAUUGAUCAUGUGGUAUUGAUGGGUGCAGGAUUCUGAGUGUACGAGUAAAUACUUGAGGCUCGUGUUGCUAUGAAUUGUUUCUUUGUGCUAGAGCUUACAGUUAUUAACAGAAUUAUUAGGCCUCCCCCUCUGCACACAUACAUACUGGUUGUUUUCCACUCAAAAAUGCAGGUAGCUCAGAUUCCACUUUGAUGUCAAUGAAAAUGCGCAUUGAAUCAUGCCAUUGUAUUUUUUCUUAUUUUGAUGCUGUUGGGCCUUAGUUUUUAAAUUGGUUUAAAGAACUUAACAGCAGUUAUAUUUUCUACUUAUACUUGGGUCUAGGAAACAUGAUCAUUCAUUAUCAUUUAGUCAACUUCAGUGGUCUGCUGAAAUAUAUAUGGCAACUUUUCAGUAGUGGAUCAUAUAGAGUUAUAGUAGUCAUUUCAAGAAUACACUUCCGUACAAUUGCACAUACCGAUUAAAUCAUCUGAUUAUACAGUUACUCCCAUGAAAGGCAGAAUGUUUGUUUCAAAAUUAAUCUAGUUUUCUGUACACUUAAAUUUGAUUGAGAAGGUGACAACUGGCUCUUAUCCAGUCUUCCUUCAUAUCAGUUUUCUGAUAGACCACUAUUGGCAAACAAUAAUCUGUCAACUACCAAAUGUGUAAAAUUUUCUGUAUUUCACUCUGUCUUAUUUGUAAAUAGUGAACUAAAACUUCUGGCAGAUCAGCAACAUUUGCUGAGCCUGUUUUUUAAGCUAAUGUGUAUUCUUACUAAUGUUCCUAUCAAGAAUGGAUUUGUAAUAUAUGCUGUCUAUUUCUAAUGUUCACAUUCAUAUUUUGAGGUUCUAUCUUAUUUUAAUAGAGCAGACUUCUCAAAAAAUCUUCAGAAGCAGCUUAUUAUUGAAAUAUCAAAAUAUUGAAAUAAACCCGGUGGGGUUAGAUUACUCAUCCGUCCACCAAGUGGGACAUUUGCAUGGACUGGGGCUUAAAGGACUUAGAAGAGACCUGUAAGUAAAUCCUGAAAAUGAGCCAAUCCCCACUUGAAUGGUUAGUGGAGUAAACCCACCUUUACUACCCUGAUUACAGCACCUGAGACAGAUAAACCAACUUGGCUCUGGUUCAUUUUUCUUCAUUUGUGAUGCUCAGAUUCAAGAUAUGUGUUCUAGACUGUAUACAGGCUUUUCUUGGAUUAAAAAUUUUAGUCCUACUUUUGUAUGGGCACAUAAGAAUAUAAAGUGACCAAAAUAGAAGAAUUUGCCAUUAGAUAUUUUUCAGACGUCAGCAGAUUUGUGGCAAAUCAUUUGCCUUUUUAAAAAUUCAGCUUAAGCAGUUCAGACAGUAGACUCAGAAAAUUAUUUGACAUAAUUGUCUAAGAGGUAAAUAUUUUUUAGUGCAUAUUGAAUCAAAUAAAGUGCUCUAAAGAAAUUAUUAUACAAAUUCCUUUGGGUUGUUUCUCUUUUGUUAACAAUGGGUGGGGUAACAAGAAUAUGAUUCAAGCCUUCUGAUGGUGUAGUUAAGCAGUGUUGAUUUUAUUAUUGUUGUUUAUAACUUUAAUACUUGGCUUUUAGUUUUUCUUUCAGUUUUGUUAAAAGUUAAGCUUUAAAAAAAUAUAACAACUGUUUAAUCAUUUUACUCAAAUUUCAAAUUCCUAAGAAUUCUUUAUAAGAGGGAGGAAAUCAUUUAAAAAUGCUUUUAUCUAAGCCUAUUUCCUUCUUUUCCACAAUAUCCAUUAUUUCAAUUUAUAAGUAAACAUAUAUCUAAGGGCAUAUUUUUGAAAAACGAUGCAUUGCAAUAUAACUUUGUUUUGUCAAACCUUUGAGUUCUAUUUUGUAUUUACUCUUUAUAUGAAUCCUUUUUGAAACUCUUAGGUAAUAAGUCAUAGGUAAGUUCUGCUAACGAGGGGGAGAAGCAAAUUUUAAGUAAGUAUUUCUCAAUAUUUGAGGCCUUAAAAGGUAAUAUGUUUCCUUAAAAAAUUUCCAUGUUGAGUGGAGUUCUGGUUUUUGUUUGUUUCUUUUAAGAUUGGUUAAAUUAAUCAAUUUAAAAGCCACUUUAUUGGCAACAUUUAAUAGACUCCAUUUCUGUUAACAGAAGAUAAUUUAUGCUGCUGAGGAAUUGCUAUUAAAUUAAUAACUAUCAACAAACCACCAUUAAAUGAAGGUGUUCACUUUAGAUUUCAUUAAAUCUUUUUUCUUGCAUACUGAUCAUUGUCUUUCUAAGCUGAUUUGUUUGGAUUUAAUGUAACUUUGGUUAAGAAGUCUAAAAACUUAAGUUGGUGUUCCAAUAUCUUAUGUGUUUUUCUGUUUAUGUCUUAAAAAGACAAACAAUGGAUAUCUAUCAAUCCUUGAAGGCAGUUUGUUUUGGUACUCUCUCACAUUUGUAUUCUAGAUUUGGAGAAGAGUCCACACAGUAAUGUUUCCUUAAAAACUUGCAGUUUUCGCCACACUUCAGCUUACUUCUCCCAUCAGAAAACUAAGAAUAAAGUGUUCCUCGAUCUGUUCUGCUGACCUAAUUUUGUGUUUUUCAGCACUUGGCUCAGCUGAUUCACUGAGUGAAUGAAUUGCUUUGUGUAAGGUGAAGCAUGUGAAAGUUCCGAAGUAUGUUUAGAUUGUAGGUCAUGCUCUAUAUAGAAACAUGAAACCAUUACCACACAAAAAUGAUAAGGCAUUGGAUCCAUUGUUAAAAUUAUUCUCUUUGGAAUCAACAAGUUGGUACUUUCUGAUUUCUAUCUCUUACAUAAGAGAAUUUUAGAUAAUUUAAAAAGUCAGUUAAGUCUCACUUUUUUGUUAUAACAGGUUUUGAGAUUUUUGGUUAAUCCAAAGAAAUAAUGCAUUUAAAUAGAAGUAAAAGGUUUAUAGUGUGCAAAUGUAGAUUUAUCAAUUACCUCAGCAGGUAUCCUCCUGCCAUGUGAUUAUUAGUGAUUAGUGUUAAUAAGCCAAUAGAUUCAGGUCUUCCAAUUAUGCCCUUGGAUUGUGACCUACCAUGUCAUUAAAUAGUCUUUUACUAUUCAAAAUGGGAGUAGAUGCUGUGGCCCCUUCUCCUUUGGCCUUUAUGUCCUAUACUCACCUCCAUUCACAUGAAGUAUAAAAAUCUCAUUUCUUUUUGAAGUGAGCACUUCUCAUUUGCAUACUCAGCAUUGAAUCAGUUAGUAUUUUUAUAAAGAUCCACCCACCCCAGCUCCCUCAAUUAAAACAGAUUCUUAAUUCAUACCAUAAAUUCUUAAUUUAUACCAUCUAUAUUAAUGAACUGCUGAAGAUGAUCCAAGAUUUUCAAGAUGUAUUACAGUUUCAUAAUGUACCAGAACUGGAUGCUUCUUUUUUUUCCUCACAGUUAUCUCCUCCUUGAUAAAGCAAUAACACUGCUUUAAGUCUGUUGCCUAAUAGCAUGUCAGAACCCUCUCCUGGAUGGUGAUUUUAUAGGAAAGUUUGUAUGCAUAUCACCCAGUCUAUCUUUUAAAAAUUAAUAAAUUUAAAUGUAUGCUGGAGGUAAUGACAAUAUAUUGUGGCAUUUUAUUUUAAAAAUUGGGGAAAGUUGCAUAUUUUUUUAAAAGUAGGUGUUUGAGUAAAAAAAUUGAAGGUACUUUUUUAAGGAAAAAAAUUUAUAUGCCACAGUUUACAUAGACAUUUCAGAUUUCAACAUGUACUCUUGGAUAUAAUGGUUUCUUUUACUUGGUCAAAAUGCAUGUAUAGCAUUUCUUCCAUCUUAGUUCCUUGUGUUUGCCUAUGUGGUCCUUUAUAUAUUUUUUAUUGUAUCUGAGAAAAAAAAUUACCUUCAUAAGUGAGUUAAUUUGGAUAUAUUUGUCAUAUCAAACUACAGAAUGUACAAAAUUAAGUUUAGCCCUUUUCUAGCAAGUGAUCUUUAAAAUAGCAAAUGCUUUUUUUUUUUUUUUUUUUUUUUUUUUUUACAUUUACCAAAUUUGUAUGUGGGAAGGUACUAAAAAGAUUUCGUAAGUGCCACUGCAAUAUUCCCUUUCAAGUGUGGCCUAAAUUUCAAUCUUAAGAAUGAAAUGCAUGUCUGCUCCUGGUCUGAAAAAUGUAGGCAUUUACUGUUUUAAAACACAGUGAAAUAUGUACAUAAGCCUAUUAAAAAAGAAGAUUUGUGCAUUUGAAAGCCUGUUAAUUUUCUAUGUAGACCUACCUACACACGAAAGGGUUAAAUUCACAGCCUUACUUCCUUCCAGUAUUUCAACUGGUCUCUUCCCCUCAUUAUUGUUAUUAUUACUACUCCUACUACUAUUAUUUUUGCACAUAGUUAACUACCCUUCAAUAUGAUUCUUAAGGAAAAAGUGCUGUUUCUGUGGUAUUGUAUUCUCUAAAUAAUCAUAUUUAAUUUUUUUAAAACAAGGUUGCAGUUUCUAAUUGUUUUGUUCCUGUGUUUUUUGCUGGUGUGUAAAAAAAGCAAGUUUUUUUCUUUUCAUGGUUAUUUAAUACAUUAGCUGCCUGUAAAUAAUUCUUGUUAUAAUGCUCUGGAAUGUGUUGUAGAAGUUGUAUUAGAUUAGUUUAAAGCCUUGUUUGAAAACCACAUUGUUUUGGUUAUUUCUAUUAAAUUAGAAAAUUGAAAAAGUU